AUGGCAGCAGACGACAACGACGAGUUUCAGGUGGUGCACACGCGGCGGCGGCGGCGGCGCCAGCCACAGCGGGUGCAACCACACCAGGCUGAGCCGAGCACCGUCCAACCGCCAGGCGUGGCUGCUGCGGUGCAGUCGACCCCUCUUGCUGCACACCGCCAAAGUGAUGGGAGUGACCCGCCACCGUCGGCAGAUGAGCUGCAGCGUCUGCGCGCGCGCCUCGCUCAAGAUCGCGCUGUCUGCCUCUGCCUGGGCAAUUUUGCCACUUCGCGCACGGGACGACGACAGCUGGCCUUUUUCCUCGCGCUCAUACAAGAUCUGGGCCUUGCGCCCAAGAACGUCUUUGUGUAUGAUCCCUGCUUCUCAUGCCUAGAGCAAACCUUCCUCGCAGCGCAAGGCUUGGUAGUGGCCAGUCCCUCGCCGGACACCCUUCCCACCCGUGCCCUCUUCUUCCUCCCCCAUUGUGAGGGCAAACUGUACAACGAGCUGCUGGGGGCGUAUGAUGUCGGCCUACCACAUCAGCUGUGGCUCAUCAACGACAUUCGGCUGUAUCACGAGCGUCUGCUGAACCAGCUUCCGGCGCAGUACGCGCACAUUGCCCGUUGGUGGCCCCAGGCAACAGUGCGUCUGCUUCCUCUCGACGCAGACCUGGAAACCGCACUCUACGCUCUUGGAUUUCACACCUUUGCCCCUGCUGCGUCCUCUGGCCCGCUGAGCGAGCCAGCGGCAUGA